UAUUCUUCACAGGACAAAGAAAAAUCGAGAUCCUGUGUAUUUGCUCAGGCUAUCGCGGCAACUGCUGAUCGCUUCUGGCUGCCUUACCCUUGCACCCGAAUUCCAAGUCCGGUGGUAUUCGCUACGAUGUUUCAGAAGAUGGACAUGAACCUGCGGACGGAUACACCUUCACGCAGAAAGAACUUUCAAGUCUUCGAAAAUUGAGAUAUCUUGAAUGCUCUGGUGCAAACUUUUCGGGACACCUGAAGCAUUUCCUGCCAAAGUUAAUGUGGCUUUGUUGGCGAAAUUGUGCCGGGGAAUUCACAGGAACUGAUUUAUAUUUGAGGAAUCUCGUCAUUCUUGGCCUCCCGUGGAGUUCCAUAAGAGAAACGUGGGGUGUAUGGAGCCAGAUUGGACGGGGAACAAAUUGAAAGCUCUCGACCUUACAGGAUGCAAGAACUUGAGAAAAACACCCAAGUUCUCUAGGUACCGCGGUCUAGAGAGGUUGAUUCUUGCAAAAUGCACGAACUUGGUUGAAAUAGAUCCAUCAAUCGGUGAGUUAAGAGUCCUAAAACACUAGGGUCUCAUGUGUUGUCAUUCUCUGAAAGGCUUGCCAGAAGAGUUAUGUUGUUUAGACAGACUCGAAUGUCUCUGCUUUGUUUCAACAUGGUCUGGCACUAAUUUCAAGAUCCCAGAAUUAAUUGGUAAUCUCAAAUCUUAGAUGCUUCUUGAGAUAUCUUGUGCAGAAACCAGCAAGAUACCGAAGUCCAUUGGUAUGCUUGUGAGACUUCGGUGCCUAUCAUUGAUCGGCUGUUCUGGAAGGAAGAGACUUCCAGAAUCACUUGCUGAUAUGAAAUCAUUGAUCAAGUUCGAUCUUUUAUCGUUAGACAUUGUCGAAUUACCCCGAACAAUUGGAGGACUAGCGAAACUUGCGUACCCGUCUUUAGAGGGCUGUCGAGAGCUGAAGAAGCUUCCAUAAUCAAUUGGGGAUUUGAGAUCACUGGCUGAGUUGAAUCUAACGUUUUCAGGAAUUACUGAACUAAUCCAAAGAUGCUGAGAAGCAUCUGGAUGCCACAAAGUAAGAUUAAGGAGUUGCCAACCUCCAUCGGGAUGCUGAAGAGGCUUGAAGAGCUGAAUGCUGAGGGGUGUGAAUUACUCGCAGAGAUUCCAUCAACAAUCAAGUGGCUUACCUGCUUGAGGGUCUUGAAUUUAGAAGGAACUUGCGUCUCUCAAUCGCCACCAAAGCUUCCGACCAGUUUGACUGAGCUAUAUGUCUCAUCAACUUCACUGCAAAUAGUUCCAAAACUCCCGAUGUUGCAUAAUUUAGUUGGAUUGGUUCUAUCAAAUGGAAAUUGUUUUGGUGAAUCAGGCCAACUACGACCUUCGAAGUUGCAGGGGAUUGGGAAUCUAUGCGGUCUGGAGGAGUUGAAACUGAAGCUUAACAUCACUUCCAUUUCUGAAGAGUUCAGCUCCCUUUCUCAGCUACAGAGUCUUACUUUGGAGUGCCCAAAUUUGCAGUCUCGCCCACCUCUUCCAUCUAGCUUGUCAAAGUUGAUUCUAGAAAGCCUCAAGAAAAGGACCAAACUGCCACGACUUUCUAAUUUGAAAAAUCGUUUCUAGGUUAGAAUUUCGCGAUUGCUCCGUGGAAGAUGACACUGUUAUAUAUCUUAGAAUCCGAGAGUUGGACUCCUUGAGUCACAUCUCUUUCGAGUCUUGCAAAUUUAGGAAUAUGAACGAGAUUUGCCUGCCAAAAUUUCUACGUAACUGGAUAUAAAUUCAUGUCAAUCUCUCCUGACUGUAUCCGCCCUAUCACAUCUAAACAACUUGGAAAUUUUGUCAAUUUCUUGGGCAA